GUCUCUAAUUGAUGAACACUUUGUUGUUCGCGCGCUGGCGCCACUUUCGUUUGUUGGGACACACCCCUGAAUAAAGUUAGUUAUGGCUGACUAGGAAUGGAGCGUGUUUGUGUUCUACGAGGCUCCCUAGUUAAGAGGAAUUGGGCGAAAAUAGAGACCUUUUAUUCACUGGCAAUUGGCCUAGGAAGAGCCGAAGGCAUAGCAAAGCAAGAAGUUAACAAUUGGCGACGAGGAAGUGUGAAGCGGACCGCAAAUCUCUGAAGAAGUACACCGCGUGCGUAUGGGUUUGCCGUCAAAACGUGUGAGUGAUUCUCAAUAUCGCUGAAAAUCAAGAGGAUCAGAUGGCGGAUGACGAGCAAGAACGACCUGUGCCUCGCGAGGGAGCAAGAAGAGGGAGACGGCCUGAUCCGUUUAAUCCGAACGGACCGUUAUCAUUCGAUGAGUAUCUCCAAAGGUGGGCUUUCCAUUUUCGGGUGCAGAAGAUUACGGAUGCGGAAGAAAAACGAGACUAUUUUGUAGAUAGCCAAGAUGACAAGACUUUCAGCAUCAUCAGUAAAAUCUGUACGCCGACCAUGCCGGAAGAAACAUCGUUUGAGGUAAUCACGGCAAGGUUGUCGCAAUACUUUAUGCGAAACGAGCCGCAGAAGAUCGUUUAUCAAGAUCAAUUCAACCAGCGUGUGCAAGGACCACAGGAGCCGGCUGCUGAGUAUAUCGCAGAAUUGUCAAGUUUGGCUACGAAGUGUGGUUUAAAGGCAAGGGAGGAGUUGCUGGUGCCAAAGAUUAUCAGUGGUUUAAAAAACAUAAAACUGAAAGAAGAAUUCUUGGCGGAAGACUCAGACAAGUUGACCUGGGAUUUUGUGACGGCAAAGAUCUAUGCGCAUGAGCGUGCUGCGAUGAGUGCCCAGACGUUAUCCGGUGCAGCAACAUUGAAUCAGAUGGGGGAGUCGGCAGCCAGGAGAUUUGGCAAAAAGGGCCAGUUCCAGAAGCAGCAACGGCGACAGGGAAGUGGGCAGGAGGACGAAAAGAAACUGUCUUGUUCUGGUUGUGGCCGCCGGCAUGAGCGAGCAGACUGCACGUUUAAGGAUGCGGAGUGUUUCGUUUGCCAGAAGAAGGGACACAUCGCUCGUGUGUGUAAAGCUAAAGGGAAAAAGGGUAGUGCUCACCUUGUACAGGAGGAAGAGGAUUUGGAGGAAGGACAGGCGGAAGCUGUUACCAACUACCUGUUACAGAUCGAAGCAAUGCCGACAGCCAAGCAGGGAAAAAUCGAGUUGGAAAUUCCACUGGCUGGUCGUAAGCUGUUAAUGGAAGUGGAUACGGGAGCAACAUACUCACUCAUUGGCUGGCCAACGUUUGUAGACUUUUUCCCUGAUGCUAAUUGUCUCCAGCCGAGUGAUGUGAAGAUGAAGACUUGGGGCCAAAGUGGAGAUAUUAGAGCUGCUGGGAAAAUUAUGGUAGAAGUGAAGCCAAAGGGUGCGCCGCAAGUGAAGUUGGAACUCCUUGUCAUGGAAAAGGAAGGCCCUGCUCUGAUUGGAAGAAAUUGGUUCAAGCCACUGGGGAUUUCAGUGCAAGUUCCGGAGUUGGGGGUUACAAGGAUACCUCCUAGGGCCCCAAAGAAAGUAUGUUUGCCUGAAGUACUCCAGUUGUCACAGCUGCCACCUGAGCUGAGUGAGUUUGCAGAAGUAUUUGAACCAGUGUUGGGCCGGUACAAGGGAGAACCUGUCCAUAUUCCUUUGAAGCCUGCCGCUAAGCCAAGACAGUUUCCAGCACGAAAUGUCCCUUUCGGUCUGCGAGAGAAAGCAGGCAAAGCGAUCGAUGAGCUGGAGAAGAAAAAGGUGAUUGAGAGAGUAAUGUUCAGUGAGUGGGCGACGCCCGUAGUGUACGUGGAAAAGGGCGAGUCAGUGCGGUUGUGCGCCGAUUUUUCGGCGACCGUCAACCCUGCGUGCGCUUCGGCGGAUUUCCCGUUGCCGUCAAUCGACCAGCUGAUCUCCGGUGUGAAACCUGGCAGUCAUUUUACUAAAAUUGACUUGGCAGAUGCCUAUCUGCAGUUCGAGGUGGACGAAGAGUCGUCCAGGAUGCUGACCAUCAGUACACACAAAGGUAGAUACCGCUUUUUGAGAUUGCCCCCAGGAUUGUCAAUCUGCCCUGCUAUUUUUCAAGAAAAGAUAAGAAAGCAAUGUUGGCAGUGGAACAGUUGCCAAAAAUACCCCUGCCCGAGCAAGCAGCAGUUUGUCGUAGCUACAGGGACCCAAAAGUUAGAUGGGAGCCAGCUCAGGUCGUACGUGCCUUGGGUCCUCGGCGAGUGCUGUUGCAGACGAGCCAUGGUACGGUCGAGAGGCAUGCGGACCAAGUAAAACUACAGCCAACAGGACAGGUGCCAGGUACCGGGACCGUGCGUAUGGACGAGGAACUGCCUCAGGGUUAUCCUGAGCCCCCUCAGGUACCGCUGGAACUGCCUGAACCAAGGCUGGAGGAGGAACACGCACUUUCGGAGCCUGGUCCGGUCUCUCCGGUAAAGCCGACAACGCCGGUACGAGAGCUUCGAGUUCGUCCAAAUAGAGACGUGAGGUUGCCCGCAAGGUUCAAAGACUAUGUGAUGAAAUAACGGCAUGGAUAUGAGGCUGCGAUAAAAGAAGAGGCUGAUAAUUCAAGUUGUCACGCAAAAUGAGUGAGGUACAAUCAAGUGCAAGUCAAUGUCGGCGUGAAAUUUUGGUGGGGCAAAAGUUGGGUUAUUUGUUUUUCCAUUUGUUUGAUUUUGCCAAAUUAUGUUCUGUUCAAACUAAGGCAGGAGGAAUUGAUAUGUCUCUAAUUGAUGAACACUUUGUUGUUCGCGCGCUGGCGCCACUUUCGUUUGUUGGGACACACCCCUGAAUAAAGUUAGUUAUGGCUGACUAGGAA